GCUUUGUUCAGGGGGGACAGAAAGCAUCGCACUUGUCUUCGAUGAAGUGUGUAUGAAACCAGGCAAUGUCCACCAUGGUGUAUCCACGUGAAGAAGCUCUGGAGCGACUCAGUCAGGAUGAGAUCGUCCUCAACACCAAGGCUGUCAUGCAGGGUCUGGAGACGCUGCGGGGGGAGCACGCCCAGCUCCUCAACUCGCUGCUGGACUGCACCCAGCCGCCCGCCGCCCAGGAGAAGUCUGGCCUGCUCCGCAAGAGUCUGGAGGCCAUUGAGCUCGGUCUGGGAGAAGCUCAGGUGAUCAUCGCCUUGUCCGGCCACCUGAGCGCCGUAGAGUCAGAGAAGCAGAAGCUGCGGGCUCAGGUGCGUCGCCUCUGCCAGGAGAACCAGUGGCUGCGGGACGAGCUGGCGGGAACGCAGCACAAGCUACAGCGCAGCGAGCAGAGCGUCGCCCAGCUGGAGGAGGAGAAGAAGCACCUGGAGUUCAUGAACCAGAUCAAGAAGUUCGAUGACGACGUCUCGCCCUCGGAGGAGAAGAACCAGAGCUCCAGCGGAGGCGGCGGGAGCGGAGGAGGCGAUACUUCAAAGGACAGUUUGGAUGAUUUGUUCCCCAACGACGAUGACCAGGGACCAGCUCAGCCCAGCGGAGAGGCGGCGGCCCAGCAGGGAGGCUACGAGAUCCCGGCUCGCCUCAGGACGCUUCACAACCUGGUGAUCCAGUACGCCUCCCAGGGUCGGUACGAGGUGGCCGUGCCGCUGUGCAAACAAGCCCUGGAGGACCUGGAGAAAACAUCAGGACACGACCAUCCUGACGUAGCCACCAUGCUCAACAUCCUGGCUUUGGUGUACAGGGACCAGAACAAGUACAAAGAAGCGGCUCACCUUCUGAAUGACGCCCUGGCCAUCAGAGAGAAGACGCUGGGGAAGGAUCACCCAGCUGUGGCAGCAACCCUCAACAACCUGGCUGUUCUUUAUGGCAAAAGGGGCAAAUACAAGGAGGCCGAACCUCUGUGUAAGAGAGCACUGGAAAUCAGAGAGAAGGUGUUGGGGAAGUUUCACCCAGAUGUGGCGAAGCAGCUGAACAACCUGGCCCUGCUGUGUCAGAACCAGGGCAAGUACGAUGAGGUGGAGUACUACUACAGACGAGCCCUGGAGAUCUACGAGUCCAAACUGGGAGCCGACGACCCCAACGUGGCCAAAACCAAAAAUAAUCUGGCUACAUGCUACCUGAAGCAGGGGAAGUUCAAAGAUGCCGAAGCUCUUUACAAAGAGAUCCUGACCAGAGCACACGAGAAGGAGUUUGGAUCUGUUAACAACGACAACAAACCCAUCUGGAUGCACGCAGAGGAGCGAGAGGAGAGCAAGGGGAAGCGUAAGGACUCUGGGCCCUAUGUAGAGUACGGGAGCUGGUAUAAAGCCUGCAAGGUGGACAGCCCCACAGUGAACACAACCCUCAAAAGCCUGGGAGCUCUGUACCGUCGUCAGGGGAAACUGGAGGCAGCAGAGACGCUGGAGGAGUGCGCUAGCAAGUCACGCAAACAGGGUUAUGAUGCUAUAAACCAGAGUAAGGUGGUGGAGCUCCUGAAGGACGGAGGAGCCGGAGGAGGCGACAGAAGACACUGCAGGGAAGGAAUCAACGGAUCAGGGGGGCAGCGGGGAGAGGGGGAGGGCGACGACUCUGCUGAGUGGAACGGGGAUGGUAACGGGUCUCUGCGCCGCAGCGGCUCCUUUGGGAAACUCCGUGAUGCUCUGAGAAGGAGCAGCGAGAUGUUGGUGAAGAAGCUGCAGGGGAGCGGACCUCAAGAGCCCCGCAACCCAGGAAUGAAGAGAGCGAGCUCCCUCAACUUCCUCAAUAAGAGCGCUGAGGAGACCACACAGGAUGCCAACUCUGGACUCUCAGACUGCAGGGGACUAAGUGCCAGCAACGUGGACCUAUCAAGACGCAGCUCCCUGAUUGGCUAGACAGUAGUCAGGAGGCGGGACUGGGAGUGUCACAGAGAGGCCCGGCG